CUGUCCCUGCCUCGCGCUCGGGCUCGCGCUCGCUCCAGGGGGCCCGGCCUCCGAGAUUUCCGCGGCGCCUGCGCGCUCGUUGCUCAACCCUGUCCCCGCCCCCAGCGCUCUGGGCUCCGGGGGCACCAUGGCCAUGUGCUCGUUAGCGUCGGGCGCUACUGGCGGCCGGGGCGCUUUGGAGGAUGAGGAGGACCUGCCAGAACUGUCAGACAGCGGUGACGAGGCCGCCUGGGAGGAUGAGAACGAUGCUGACCUUCCCCACGACAAGCAGCAGACCCCCUGCCUGUUUUGUGACAGGUUAUUUACAUCUGCUGAAGAAACAUUUUCACACUGUAAGUCUCAGCAUCAAUUUAAUAUUGAUAACAUGGUCCACAAACAUGGACUUGAAUUCUAUGGAUAUAUCAAACUAAUAAAUUUUAUUAGACUUAAGAAUCCUACAGUUGAGUAUAUGAAUUCCAUAUACAACCCAGUGCCUUGGGAGAAAGAAGAGUAUUUGAAGCCAGUACUAGAAGAUGACCUUUUACUUCAAUUUGAUGUAGAAGAUCUUUAUGAACCGGUAUCAGUUCCAUUCUCAUACCCCAAUGGACUUACUGAAAAUACCUCCAUUGUUGAAAAACUGAAACACAUGGAAGCCAGGGCGCUGUCUGCUGAAACUGCGUUAGCUAGAGCACGUGAAGAUCUGCAAAGAAUGAAACAAUUUGCUCAGGAUUUUGUGAUGAACGCAGAUGUCAGAACCUGCUCGUCAUCUACUGCCAUUGCAGACCUCCAGGAGGAUGAGGAUGGUGUUUAUUUCAGCUCAUACGGGCAUUAUGGGAUACAUGAAGAAAUGCUAAAGGACAAAAUACGAACAGAAAGUUACCGUGAUUUUAUAUACCAAAAUCCACAUAUCUUCAAAGACAAGAUAGUUUUGGAUGUUGGUUGUGGAACUGGAAUUCUUUCUAUGUUUGCUGCUAAAGCUGGGGCGAAGAAGGUUCUUGGAGUUGAUCAAUCUGAAAUCCUUUACCAGGCAAUGGAUAUCAUAAGACUAAAUAAACUGGAAGAUACUAUUAUACUAAUUAAAGGAAAGAUUGAAGAAGUUCAUCUUCCUGUAGAAAAAGUGGAUGUUAUUAUAUCCGAGUGGAUGGGCUAUUUUCUUCUUUUUGAGUCUAUGUUAGAUUCUGUCCUAUAUGCGAAGAACAAAUACUUGGCUAAAGGAGGAUCAGUCUACCCUGAUAUUUGCACAAUCAGCCUUGUGGCAGUAAGUGAUGUGAAUAAACAUGCUGAUAGAAUUGCUUUUUGGGAUGAUGUCUAUGGCUUUAAUAUGUCCUGCAUGAAGAAGGCAGUUAUUCCAGAAGCUAUUGUGGAAGUUUUAGAUCCGAAGACUCUUAUUUCAGACUCUGAUAGUAUUAAGCAUAUAGAUUGCCACACAGCAUCUGUCUCAGAUUUGGAGUUUUCUUCAGAUUUUACCCUGAAAAUUACAAAGACAUCCUUGUGCACGGCAAUUGCUGGCUACUUUGAUAUAUAUUUUGAGAAGAAUUGCCGCAACAGAGUCUUGUUUUCUACGGGCCCCCAGAGCACCACAACACACUGGAAACAAACAAUAUUUCUAUUGGAAAAGCCAUUUUCAGUUAAAGCAGGUGAAGCCUUGAAAGGAAAGAUCACAGUCCACAAGAAUAAGAAAGACCCACGUUCUCUCAUUGUGACCCUCACAUUGAAUAAUUCAACUCAAACUUACAGUCUCCAGUGAUAAAGCCACAAAAGCACAACUACCUUGCAGUUUUUUAUCGUGGGAGCUGGAUGGGUAUGGGAUGGAGGGAGGAGUUUUAUGUGAGCACAUGGGUGAUGGAUCCUUUCCUUAAUGAGUCUCCUCAGUAGAAUCAGGAAUUGAUGUAAUGCAGCUAAGGAAGGAAUCCACUGACUAGUAGUCCACCCAUAUUCACAUUCUUGGAAGUCUGUUCAGCAAGAUGUAACCAAAUGUAACUCCUACAUUGAGUUUAGCUAUAUUGGGAAUUACUUAAAUUAGCCUAAAUUUGGAACAGAAAUAGUCUUGUUUUUAGUAAGUUUCCUACUAUAAAUUUUAAAUAUUAGUAAUUGAUUAGUUAUUUAGAUAAUGUUUUAUUAAACAUUAAAGGCAUUACACAUUUUAUUGCAGAUUUCCUCUUUGAGAAGUAGUUAUUAAUCGUAUUAUUUGUUAGAAUAUCAGGAUAUAAUAGAUAAAAGGCCAAGUGUAAGGGACUGAAAUAUGGAAAAGAGCACCACACAGUUCAUAUUUGAGGACAGCUUAGUUGAUUAUCCUGUAGUUCUGUCCCUUCAUCCCUCUGCAAAUAUUCUUUAGCAGUUUAGUUUUCUAGUACUGCCCAAGAAAUCUCAUUUCGAUACAUUUAUUCUAGGUUUCAUAAAAGUUUUUAAAGAUUGGGGUAUUUAUUUACUAAUAUAUCUUUUUCAAACUAGAUUUAUGUGCAAAGUUAUACAUGUAACAAUGUGCUUAUCACUAUAUACAGUUGUGUCAUUUACAAUUAUUGACUCAGUUUGAAAUGCAGAAAACAUUUAAUAAAAUGUAUACAACAACCA